CUCGCACUGUCAUUUGCUCCCGCUCUGGUGCGCGAUGUUUGGGGGAAAAUUCCGUCCCUUUCUUCGGGUUUCGUCCGCCUUGCUGAUGACCGCGCUGGCCGUUGCUGCUGGUGCAAGCUCAGCAUAUUUCACACACCAGCAAGCGGGCUGGAAAACGCACUCCAGCACAAGUAUUCACCGCCGGCGGAAGCAUUUUCCCGAAGCGCUGCUGCUGCUGCACACGCCAACUCUCCAAACUGCAAAGGAAGAAUCGAGGAAAAACGCAGAUGAGAGCAGAUCUAGUUGCAAAUUUGUUUUUUUUUUUUGCUAAGAAAGUGUGAACAUAAAAAAGGUUGAAAUUCUUUGAAAAAAAAGGAAAAAGACGCGGAAACAGCAGUGCACGUAAAGUGACAAAUUAAUCAUAAAAAGAGUAUUGUAGGAGAAAGUACAGCACCGAAGUAAGGCCAGCCGCCCAGACAGGUCCAGUGAACGUUGGAAGUGAAGAUUCUGCAUCGUAGUAGCCUGUUCUGGUUCUUACCUUGGGACACAGUUUUCCGUUGAACCACAAAAAGUUAAGUGCGCGUGUGUGUGUUUUGUCUCUUUCGGCCGGAAGUGUUGCCGGAAAUUGAUUGUCUGCGGUGAACCAAAAAAAAGGACUGCAAGUGUGCAAGUACAAUUCUCCAGUGCCUGAAAGUGCAUCUAACACCCCCUGGAGAAGGUGAAAGGUUAUAAAGGCUUCUAGAUAAGUUUGAAUUACAAAAAAAAAAAGAAUUCAAAGACUGACACUGUUCAACACACAAAUUCAUCGUCCCAGCUGAAGGAAAAGGUGCCACCAAUUAGGCGUUGCUUGUUAUCCUUCCAACAAACGCGUGGCAUCCAACCCCCGGACUCCGCAAUAAUCGCAGGGCAUCGUCAGGAGCCAACGUCAGCGUUAACAGGCUUCUUCAGGCGUACCGUCCUCCCCCCGUGGUACAUCGCGUACAAGCGCCGCCAUUCCUUCGCGAGGCAAACGUUCGAACAGACGCAAACAACGACGCAAUCAAAGCAGCUCGACCAUGCCGGCCCGCUUCGAGGAGGUGACCGCUGCUGACACCCGCCGCGGUGUCCCCAUCGAUCUCGCCGGGGGACACUACGAUGUCGGCGGUGGGGUGGGUGGCCAUGGAGGCCACCCCCGGCCCGCCAUACCGGACGACAUCUGCAUCACAGGCUUCUCGGGCCGGCUGCCCGAAAGCUCCAACAUUGACGAGUUCAAGCGCAACCUGCUGGAGGGUGUGGACAUGGUGAACGACGACGAUCGGCGCUGGCCCCGCGGCCUGUACGAUCUGCCGACGCGCAUCGGCAAGAUCAAGGACGAGGAUCUGAUGAAGCUCGAUGCGGAGUUUUUCAAAAUUCACCAAAAGCAGGCAGAGUGUAUGGAUCCGCAGCUGCGCAUGCUGCUGGAGUGUACGCACGAGGCGAUCAUUGAUGCUGGCAUCAACCCACAAGAAAUCCGCGGCAGCCGCACCGGCGUGUACAUCGGCUGCUCGAACUCGGAAACCGAGCAGCACUGGUGUGCCGAUCCGGACCUGGUGAACGGGUACGGACUGACCGGCUGCGCCCGUGCCAUGUUUGCUAACCGCAUCUCGUUCACGUUCGACUUCAAAGGCCCGAGCUAUGCGGUCGACACCGCCUGCUCGAGCUCGCUGUUCGCGCUGUCGCAAGCGUUCGCCGACAUGCGGGCGGGCCACUGCGAUGCGGCGAUCGUGGCCGGCUGCGGCCUCAUCCUGAAGCCCACCAUGUCGCUGCAGUUCAAGCGGCUGAACAUGCUGAGCAAGGACGGCAUGUGCAAAGCGUUCGACGAGUCGGGCAACGGGUACGUGCGGUCGGACGGCUGCGUCGUGACGUUCCUGCAGCGGGCCGCCAACUCGCGCCGCAUCUACGCGAGCGUGCUGAACGUGCGCACCAACACGGACGGGUACAAGGACCAGGGUAUCACGUACCCGAUCGGCGAGAUGCAGAAGCGGCUGAUUCGCGAAACGUACGAGGAGAUUGGGCUGAGCCCGGCCGACGUCACGUACGUGGAGGCGCACGGUACCGGCACGAAGGUGGGCGACCCGCAGGAGGUGAACGCAAUUACGGACUUCUUCUGCAAGGACCGGAAGGCGCCACUGCUGAUCGGCUCGGUCAAAUCGAACAUGGGCCACUCGGAACCGGCGUCCGGCGUGUGCUCGAUCGCGAAGAUCCUGAUCGCGAUGGAGGAGGGUGUCAUCCCGGGCAACCUGCACUACAACAGCCCGAACAAGGACCUGUACGGGCUGAUGGAUGGCCGGCUGAAGGUGGUCGAUCGCAAUCUGCCCUGGAACGGUGGCAUUAUUGGGCUGAACUCGUUCGGCUUUGGUGGUGCGAAUGCGCACGUCAUCCUGAAAUCGAACCCGAAGCCGAAACCGAUCAGCCCGAAGGACGGUGGCUUCCCGAAGCUGAUGGUGGCGUCCGGCCGCACGACGGAAGCGGUGGAAGCGUUCCUGGACCAGGCUGCUAAGAGCAAGGAUGAUGAGGAGUUUGUGGGGCUGGUGAAUGAGAUUCACAGCCGCAACAUUCCGCUGCAUAAUCACCGCGGGUACACGGUGGUGGCCGGCGAUGGACAGUCGCAGACCGUGCGCGAGGUGCUGGAGGUGAAUGCGGACGAGAAGCGCCCGGUGUGGUUCAUCUACUCCGGCAUGGGCUCGCAGUGGGCCAGCAUGGCGAAGGAUCUGAUGCAGCUGGAGGUGUUCCACAACAGCAUCUACCGGUGUGCGGAGGCGCUCCGCCCGGAGGGUGUCGAUCUGAUCGACGUGCUGACGAAGAGCGACGAGACCAAGUUCGACAACAUCCUGAACUCGUUCAUCUCGAUCGCGGCGGUGCAGGUGGCGCUGACCGAUGUGCUGACGCACGUGGGCAUCACGCCCGACGGUAUGGUUGGCCACUCGGUCGGCGAGCUGGGGUGUGCGUACGCCGAUGGGUGCUUCACGCCCGAACAGACCGUGCUGGCUGCGUACUGGCGUGGUCGCAGCAUCCUCGACACGGACCUGAUCGCGGGCCAGAUGGCGGCCGUUGGCCUGUCGUGGGAGGAGUGCAAACAGAAGCUGCCGAAGGACGUGAUCCCGGCGUGCCACAACAGUGCAGACAGUGUGACGAUUUCCGGCCCGGUCAGCUCGGUCAGCAAGGUGAUUGCGGACCUGAACGCACAGGGCAUCUUUGCGAAGGGCGUGAAAUCUUCCGGCAUCGCGUUCCACAGUCGCUACAUUGCGGAUGCGGCACCGAAGCUGCGCAAAUCGCUGGACCGCAUCAUUCCCAACCCGAAGAACCGUACGCCGCGCUGGAUCAGCACGAGCAUACCGGAGGAAUCGUGGCCGACGGCACUGGCCCAACAGUCCUCGUCGGCGUACCACGUGAACAAUCUGCUGUCACCUGUCCUAUUCGCGGAAGGGUUGAAGCACGUGCCGGCCAAUGCGAUCUGCAUCGAGAUUGCACCGCACGGGCUGCUGCAGGCGAUUUUGAAGCGAGCGCUCGGAAAGGAUGCGACCAACUUGAGCUUGAUGAAGCGUGACCAUGCCAACAACAUGAUCUUCCUGCUGAGCAACCUGGGAAAACUGUACUCUUCCGGGGCGCAACCGCAGGUGCAGAAGCUGUACCGCCCGAUUACGUACCCCGUGGGUCGGGGAACUCCCAUGCUGAACUCGCUGGUCAAGUGGGACCAUUCCAUCAAUUGGUUCCUCGCCAAAAUUGGUGUUGAAAACAAAUCGGGUGAAACGAUCAUCGAUGUCAACCUGGGCAAGGAUGAGGACGCCUACCUGGCGGGUCACACGAUCGACGGGCGCGUGCUGUUCCCGGCCACCGGCUAUCUGACUCUGGCCUGGCGCACGUACGCCAAAAUGCAGGGCGCCGACAUCGAGAAGACGCCGGUCGUGAUCGAAAACGCGGUGUUCCACCGGGCCACCAUCCUGCCGAAGGACGGUUCGGUCAAGUUCGGCAUCAACUUCUUCGACGGUACCGGUGCGUUCGAGAUCUGCGAGGGUGGCACGCUGGCCGUCUCGGGCAAGCUGACCAUCCCGGAGAAGAUCGAGCAGGAGGAGCUGCCGCUGAACAAGCUGGAGGCGGACAAGUCCGGCCUGCCACUGAACAUGAGCGACGUGUACAAGGAGCUGCGGCUGCGCGGCUACGACUACGCCGACAUGUUCCGCGGCGUGACGCGCAGCGACGGGCGUGCCAUCACCGGCGAGCUGCAGUGGCGCGACAACUGGGUCAGCUUCAUGGACACGAUGCUGCAGUUCAGCAUCCUGGGGAAGGAUUUGCGCGAGCUGUAUCUGCCGACGCGCAUCGAGAAGAUUGUCAUCAACCCGGCCCGCCACCUCGAGAUGGUGGCCAACCUGACGCAGACGGGCGACGAUCGCACGCUGCCGGUGUACAUGUACCGGGAGAUUAACGUCAUCAAGUCGGGCGGGGUGGAGAUGCGCGGAUUGCGCGCAACGCUUGCGCCGCGCCGCCAGGGCACCCAGGCGCCGCCCACGUUGGAGAAGUACGUGUUUGUGCCGAACGCCAACGAGAAGGAGCUGGCGGAGGGCAACAGCGAGAAGGCACGACUGCGUGCGAUCACGGCCGCCGUCCAUCUGGUGAUCGAGAACAGUGCCGGCGCACUGAAGAUCAAGGUGGCGGAGGCAAGCUUCGAGCGGUCGCCCGAAAACACGAUGGCCGGCACGGUGCAGGCCAUCAUCGAGGGCGAGCCGACGCUCGCGAGCGAUGUGGCCGUGGCGACGACGCACCAGCCGGACAGUCUGGUGCAGCACUACGGUGAGUCGGGCGUGCGCGUCCUCAGCAAGGACGUGGCGGCGGGUGCGAUUGAGCAGAACUGCCACCUCGCGAUCGGGUACGACACGUUCGGGCGGGCCGAUCCGGACACGAUCCUGCGCAAUCUGCGCGACUCGAUCAAGGCGGACGGGUUCGUGCUGCUGGAGGAGUCGCGCAGCACGUUCGAUGCGCGCUGCCGGGCCGCGCUCGUAAAGGGUGGCUUUACGCUCGUCAGCACGCAGGUGUGUGAGAAGAAGGUGUUUGUGCUGGUGCGGCCGAUCAUUGCCGAGCUGGCGCAGCGCAAGAGCGUCGUGAUCGCGCUGACGGAGCGCUCGUUCGGCUGGGUGGAGGAGCUGAAGGCAGCGCUGGCGAAGGCGGAAGCGACCAGCACGUAUGUGUACAUCGUGUGCCAGGGUGAGGAGCUUUGCGGUGCGCAGGGUUUGAUGAACUGCGUGAAGAACGAGGUGGGCGGCAAGUUCGCCCGGCUGUACUUCAUCCAGGACCGCAAGGCGGACAAGUUUUCGCUGACCGGCGCCAUGUACAAGGAGCAGCUGGCGAAGGAUUUGAUCUGCAACGUGCUGCGUCCGGCCAAUGGAACGCCGGCGCCGGCCUGGGGCACCUUCCGUCAUCUCCGGCUCGACAACCAGUCGAACGCACCGUCGCUGCCGGUGGAGCACGCGUACAUUAACGCGCUCACGAAGGGCGAUCUGGCGAGCCUGAAGUGGAUCGAGAGUUCGCUGUCGCGCGAGCGGCCCGAUCCGAGCGCGCGUGACGCACGCACCGAGCUGUGCACGGUGUACUACGCGCCGAUCAACUUCCGCGACGUGAUGCUGAGCUCGGGCAAGCUGGGGGCGGACGCCCUGCCCGGCGAUCUGGCCACGCAGGACUGCAUCCUGGGGCUGGAGUUUGCGGGCCGUGACUCGAACGGACGGCGCAUCAUGGCGAUGGUGCAGGCCAAAUCGCUCGCCACGACGUGCGUGGCGCAGCGCAACAUGAUCUGGGAGAUUCCGGACGGCUGGACAAUGGAGCAGGCGUCGACGGUGCCGUGCGUGUACUCGACCGUGUACUACGCGCUGGUCAUGCGCGGACGCAUGAAGCGUGGCGAGUCGAUUCUGAUCCAUGCCGGGUCGGGCGGCGUUGGCCAGGCGGCCAUUUCGGUGGCGCUGGCGGCGGGUGUGACCGUGUACACGACGGUCGGCUCGAAGGAGAAGCGCGAGUUCCUGAAGCGCACCUUCCCGCAGCUGACCGACCGGAACAUUGGCAACUCGCGCGACUGCUCGUUCGAGCAGUUGGUGAUGCGCGAAACGCAGGGCCGCGGUGUCGAUCUGGUGCUGAACUCGCUCGCCGAGGAGAAGCUGCAGGCGUCGAUCCGUUGUUUGGGACUGAAUGGACGCUUCCUGGAGAUUGGCAAGUUUGAUCUGAACAACAACAGCCCGCUCGGUAUGUCCGUGUUCCUGAAGAACACGUCCUUCCACGGUAUCCUGCUGGAUAGUGUAAUGGAGGGUGACGAUGAGACGAUCGCCGAGGUGGUGAAGCUGGUGGCGGACGGUAUCAAGAGCGGUGCGGUGCGGCCCCUGCCGACGAGCGUGUUCACCGAGCAGCAGGUCGAGCAGGCGUUCCGCUUCAUGGCGUCGGGCAAGCACAUCGGCAAGGUAGUGGUGCGCGUGCGCGAGGAAGAGAAGGCGAAGAUUGUGCAGCCGGCGCCGAAGCUGAUCAGCGCGAUCCCGCGCACCUACAUGCACGCCGAGAAGGUGUACAUCCUGAUCGGGGGGCUCGGCGGAUUCGGGCUGGAGCUGUCCAACUGGCUGGUUUCGCGCGGCGCCAAGAUCAUCGUGCUGACGUCGCGCAGCGGCGUGCGCACGGGCUAUCAGUCGCUCAUGAUCCGACGCUGGACGGAGCGAGGCGUGAAGGUGGUGAUCGACACGAACGACGUAACAACGCUGAAGGGCGCCCAGAAGCUGCUGACGGACGCGGCCCGGCACGGCCCGGUGGGCGGUGUGUUCAAUCUGGCCGCGGUGCUGCGCGACGGCCUGUUGGAGAACUCGACCGAAGCCGACUUCCGGGCGGUGUGCGUGCCAAAGGUGGACAGCACGAAGAAUCUGGACGUGGCGACGCGCGAACUGUGCCCCGAGCUGGACUACUUCAUCUGCUUCUCGAGCGUGUCCUGUGGGCGCGGUAACCAGGGCCAGGUGAACUACGGGCUGGCCAACUCGGCGAUGGAGCGUAUCUGCGAGGCGCGCCACGCGGUCGGUCUACCGGCAACUGCCAUCCAGUGGGGCGCGAUCGGAGAUACGGGGCUGGUGCUGGAGAAUCUGGGCGACAACGACACGGUGGUGGGCGGUACGCUGCCCCAGCGCAUGCCGUCCUGCCUGCAGACGAUGGACCUGUUCAUGCAGCAGCCCUCCCCGGUGCUUGCCUCGAUGGUGAUCGCCGAAAAGCGCAAGACGGACACGGGCGGCGUCAGCCUGGUGGGCUGCAUUGCGAACAUUCUCGGCCUGAAGGACACCAAGAACGUGUCGGACGGUGCGACGCUGGCCGAUCUCGGCAUGGACUCGCUGAUGGGGGCGGAAAUCAAGCAAACGCUCGAGCGCAGCUUCGAUUUGGUGCUGAGUGCGGCCGAAAUCCGGCUGCUUACCUUCGGCAAACUGCGCUCCUUCGAGAAGGGUGGUGCGGCGGCGGCCGGUGAUGUCGGUGCGGCGGCGGGCGGUUCGCCCGCGGCUGCGGCUGCGAGCGAAAACGCGAUCGGCGACGGUACGCAGGUGAAGUUCAGUGCGGAGCUGAUGCCGAAGGAGUGUCUGGUGCGGAUGGAGUCGGCGGCACCGGCCGGCAGCAAGGCGCGGCCCGUGUUUGCGGUGCACGCCAUCGAGGGCGUCAUUACGGCGCUGAUCCCGCUGGCCCAGACGCUGCCGGUGCCGGUGUACGGUUUGCAGUGCGACGAGGCGGCCCCGCUCGAGUCGCUCGUGCUGCUGGCGGGCUACUACAUCAAGCAGAUACGCACGGUGCAGCCGCGCGGUCCGUACACGAUCGUGGGCUACUCGUUCGGUGCGUCGAUCGCGUACGAAAUGGUUGCCCAGCUGGAGAAGGCGGGCGACACCUGCCAGCUGCUGCUGGUGGACGGUUCGCCCCGGUACGUGAGCUGGUACACCGAGGCGCAGAAGCAGCGCAACGCGAACGGCGAGGUCGUGCAGGCGGAGGACGAAGCGUACGCGCUGGCCUACUUUGCGAUGGUGUGCGGUUCGCUCGACUACGGCCGCACCGCGAAGGAGCUGGUCGAGGCGAAGUCGUGGGAGGAACGGGUGGCCAAGUGUGCGGAGAUGGUGCACGCGAAGGCACCGCAGUACUCGCUCAAGCUGCUCGCCACCACCGCCAAGUCGUUCGUGGGCAAAAUCGUCGCCAGCCACAUGUACAAACCGGCGUCCAAGAUCAAGGCCACGGUGAAGCUGGUGAAGCCGACGGAAAAUUACGCCAAACUGCAGGGCGACUAUGGCCUAUCGGACCUCUGCCAGCAAAAGGUGGAACUCUUCACGGUUGAGGGCGACCAUCGAUCGAUGCUGCUCGGCGAUUCGAUGAAGAAAAUCUCGGACGUGUUGCAGAAGCUGCUCUAAACAGGCGGUGCGGUGCAAUGCCCGACUCGACGACUACUUCAACUCUCUUAAGAGCUCCUGCUGCGUAGAGAAAGAGGAGGCCCUCUGCUGCGCGAGCGCGAGUGCUGUAAUUUAUGAAACAUUUCCGCUUCUAAACGCGUUCUUAGCGCGCAAAGAGAGAGAGAGAUAGAGCUUGCGUAGAGAUAGAUGGCCCCAGUGAUUUCAUUUGAUCGCCUGUUUUAAGCAACCAACAUUCCAACAGAAUCUUAGCCUUUUAGUAAUAAUAGUAGUAGUAGUGGUAGUAGUAGUACUUGUUGCGCUCAAACCAUUAUCAUCACUUCAAUUGUGCACUUCAACCCACAUUUCGAGAGAAAACCAAUGCAAACAUAAAGCCUUUUCUUUUGUACAUAAACUCAAAAAAAAACGGGGAGAACUAUUGGCUUUUGUUUUAGAGCAACAACAACUGGCUGCUACUACCACUACUACCGCGGCCACUGUAAGCAGUGGCUUCCGUAGCAUCCCGUAGCAGUUAGCAGCCCCAGCUCCGGGAUGAAGGGGACGAUUUAGCCGGAAGCUAAACAAAAACAGCACACGUGCGACAUGUGACAUAGAUGUGUAAGGAGGGAACAUUUGGGAAGCGGAUCGUUUUGCGUUUAAAAAAUGCAAUCACUGCUGAAUGUUUUGUAGAAUAGAUUAAGCUUUAGCAGGAGUAAAUUUGAAAAAUGCUUGCUGCUUAUGUUAGCAUGAAUAUUUUUAGUUUUUAACAAAACACACUUUGUCGAUAAAAACAAAACCAGUUAACAGAAAACAUCACAAAUUUAAAUUAA